AUGGCUAUUCGCACUGGAGCAAUUACGAGUGCUCACGAGGAGUCGCAGCUCGAUUCAACGAACGAGGUCCUCCAGAAUAUAACCGAGGUCUCUCCGCCAUCAACUUCAACCCGAAAGAAACGCAGUAAAUAUCGCCAUGUUGCUGCAUAUCAUUCAGAACUUCGUCAUUCCAGUCUCAGUCGGGAGGCCGACGUGCUCCCAAACUUCCUAGGGUUUCGAAAUCUCAUGGUGUUGGUACUUGUGGCGAUGAACUUGCGAUUGAUUAUUGAGAACUUCAUGAAAUAUGGCGUGUUAAUUUGUAUUAAAUGCCACGACUACCGCAGGCAAGACGUUGUUCUUGGGUCUAUAUUGUUUGCCUCGGUUCCAUGUCAUUUGCUCGUGGCAUACAUCAUUGAGCUUUCAGCCGCUACUGCUGCCAAGAAGGCAGUGGGGCUUCAGAAGAAGACAGAUAAAGAAAAGGAGCACGACCAGAAGGCUUUCCAGUCGACCUGGCCCUACACUGCUUUUCUACACACGCUUAAUGCCACAUUAUGUCUCACAGUAACUAGCUAUGUGGUUUAUUUCCACAUCCAUCACCCAGGCAUUGGGACAAUAUGCGAGAUGCAAGCGAUCAUUGUGUGGUUGAAGAACUGCUCUUAUGCCUUUACAAACCGAGACCUCCGUCUCGCUCUACUCAAUCCCUCCGCAGACCCAGGCUUGCCUGAAAUCUAUUCCUCGUGCCCCUACCCAAAGAAUAUUACCAUCAAUAACCUGGCGUACUUCUGGCUGGCGCCGACGCUGGUGUAUCAACCCGUUUAUCCGCGCACAGCAUCAAUACGGUGGUCAUUUGUUGCAAAACGCAUUGCAGAGUUCGUGAGCCUAGCAAUGUUCAUUUGGCUUCUGUCUGCGCAGUAUGCCGCACCAGUGUUGCGGAACUCGAUUGACAAGAUCGCAGUGAUGGACAUUGCCUCCAUUUUGGAGCGGGUGAUGAAGCUGUCCACUAUCUCGCUGAUUAUCUGGCUUGCCGGCUUCUUUGCGUUGUUCCAAUCUUUUUUGAACGCCUUGGCCGAAGUCAUGAGAUUCGGUGACCGCGAGUUCUACACCGACUGGUGGAACAGCUCCAGUCUGGGUGCUUAUUGGCGAUCUUGGAACCGGCCUGUCUACCUGUUCAUGAAGAGACAUGUCUACUCACCGCUGGUUGGUCGUGGAUGGAGUCCUCUAGCUGCGAGUGGAAUGGUUUUCACUCUCUCUGCCAUUCUUCACGAAAUGCUCGUGGGCAUUCCCACACAUAAUUUCAUUGGUGUCGCGUUCUUUGGAAUGAUGUUCCAACUGCCGUUAAUUAGCCUCACUGCACCGUUGGAUAAAAUGCGCGGGCCCGAAGGCAGGAUCAUCGGGAAUUGCAUCUUCUGGGUCAGCUUUUGUCUAGUCGGACAACCGCUUGGGGCGCUCCUGUACUUCUUUGCUUGGCAGGCCAAGUACGGGAGUGUAAGUAAGAUGGUGCCGAACGUGGGAGCAUGA